UUGCUAUGACAACAUAUUAUGGUAUUACAGUAUUAUAUAUUAUGUGUUUUUGUACAAUGAAAUACUUCUGAUCAAUUUCUAUUUUGUUUUAAAUGAGAUUCUUCUACUUCUUGCACUGCUUCAUAUGAAUGAAUAUUAGAGAAGCAUAAGGAAAUUUAGACUGUCAGCCUCAUCUGGUGGUGCAGACUGGACAUUACAGGAGUUAAGUCAAGACUGUACAGCUUGGAUCAUUAUCAUUCAGGCCUCCAGGAGAGAACAAAAAGUGCAUUUUCCUGUGUGAACUGGUUGGUGACAUUUGAGAAAGCUGACGUGCAUCCACACAGACGACAUCAAACAGAUAUACGUGAGAUAGAAAUCUGUCAAAGUAUCUUCAUAGACUCAUGCUCGUGUAAAUCAACAUAACAAGUCGAGGCAUUUCUUACACAACUGCAUUGCAGCUUUGGCAUUAAUGUGUUCUAAAAUCCCAAAGUAUAAAGGUCAGCUGUAAUUUGAUCCCCCCGGUCUCAAAGUUAAGAUGUACAAACACUGGAGUGCAUUGUUAGACUGUGUGAAUGACAUAGUUCAGAGCAGUGCAGAGUCACGGAGGUAAAAGAUAAACAUGCAGCCAACCAACUCUUGAGAAUAACUCUUGUGGUUUAUUGCGGAUUUAGCUGUACCUGAACUGCAUGCAGUGAGGCUGUGAGGACAGAGGAGUGAGAACAAACUUCACCGACAGUGAAAACUCUUUCUCAGUAGGCCUCACACCAUCUGUGCACCAUGGCUAUCAGUAUCUGUGAGUGGUCCCAGUUGACGGAUUCUGAUAUGGACUAUGAGAGGCCAAACGUUGAAACUAUCAAGUGUGUGGUGGUGGGAGACAAUGCUGUUGGAAAGACCCGCCUUAUCUGCGCUCGGGCCUGCAAUGCCACACUGACUCAGUACCAGUUACUUGCUACACAUGUGCCCACAGUCUGGGCAAUCGACCAGUACAGAGUCUGCCAGGAGGUAUUAGAGCGCUCCAGAGAUGUGGUGGAUGAUGUUAGUGUGUCCCUUCGCCUCUGGGAUACUUUUGGAGACCAUCAUAAGGACAGGCGUUUCGCAUACGGCAGGUCUGAUGUGGUGGUACUGUGCUUCUCAAUCGCCAACCCCAACUCUCUAUACCAUGUGAAGACCAUGUGGUACCCUGAGAUCAAGCACUUCUGCCCCCGUGCUCCUGUCAUCCUGGUGGGCUGUCAGCUGGACCUGCGCUACGCGGACCUGGAGGCAGUGAACAGAGCACGGAGGCCUUUAGCGAGACCUAUUAAAUCAAAUGAGAUUCUUCCUCCAGAGAGAGGCCGGGAGGUGGCCAAAGAAUUGGGAGUGCCAUAUUAUGAAACCAGUGUUGUGGCUCAAUUUGGAGUCAAGGACGUCUUUGAUAAUGCUAUCCGAGCCGCGCUCAUCUCACGCCGCCACCUGCAGUUUUGGAAAUCUCACCUCAGAAAUGUACAGCGGCCUCUCCUUCAGGCGCCCUUCCUGCCCCCGAAACCUCCCCCGCCUAUAAUCACUGUGCCUCCUCCCCCAACUACCACGGAGGAGCAUCCAGUCGGUCUUCUGGAGGACCCACACUGUGCUGACGUCAUCCUGGUCCUGCAGGAGCGACAGAAAAUCUUUGCACACAAGAUAUACUUGGCAACAUCCUCUUCAAAGUUUUAUGACCUCUUUAUUAUGGACACACAAAGUGAGGAGACUGAAAGGCCCCCUCGUGGUCCUCUCUCUGGCCGAGAGCUGCUGAUGCGUGCUGCUAGCUUUGAUGUUUGUGAGAGCAGCGAUGACGGAGACAGGGCCAACCUGAGAGCCUGCACUAGUGACGGCACAUUGAAAGACUCUGAGGGGGGCCGACGGGGCAGAUUGCUUUCCUCGUGGAGUCGAGCUUUUGUCAGCAUCCAGGAGGAGCUGGUGGAUGAUCCAGUAACAUACAGCCCCAGGCCAAUGACAGUAGUGCACAUGGACCAGUCCAUGCAGCUGGGUCCUUUUCGAGCAGUACUUCGCUACCUUUACACAGGUCAGCUGGACGAGAAUGAGAAAGAGCUAAUGCACAUUGCACACAUUGCUGAGCUGCUGGAGGUCUUUGACCUGCGGAUGAUGGUGGCAAACAUACUUAACAAUGAAGCCUUCAUGAACCAAGAAAUCACCAAAGCCUUCCAUGUACGCCGCACAAACAGAGUCAAAGAAUGCUUGGCCAAAGGCACCUUUUCUGAUGUAGUAUUCAAGCUAGAUGAUGGGACGAUCAUGGCCCACAAACCUUUACUCAUCUCUAGUUGUGACUGGAUGGCAGCUAUGUUUGGCGGGCCUUUUGUGGAGAGCUGCACCAAAGAGGUGCUGUUUCCCAACACAACUCGCAGCUGUAUGAGGGCUGUGCUAGAAUAUCUCUAUACGGGGCGGUUUUGUUCUCGGUCUGACCUGGAUGCAAUGGAGCUUAUUGUUCUUGCCAAUCGUCUUUGCCUCCCCCACCUGGUUGCACUUACAGAACUCUACACAGUAACAGUAUUGACAGAGGCGGCGAUGAUGGGGGCUGACAUUGAUGGAGAUGUUCUGGUGUAUUUGGAUAUGGCCCAGUUCCACGGUGCUCAGCAGCUGACUGGCUGGUGCCUUCACCACAUCUGCACCAACUACAACAGUGUGUGCCGCAAGUUCCCCCGAGACAUGAAGGCCAAGUCUACAGGUAACACACAUGUGAUCUGGCAGCAAACCAGCACAAACAACAGAAUGGUGACCUUCAGUACCCUCUCACGUAUAGUCAACACCUGCCAGACAUACGAGAACCAAGAAUACUUUGAGAAACAUCGCUGGCCACCAGUGUGGUACCUGAAGGAGGAUGACCACUACCAAAGAGCACGUAAAGAGCGUGACAAGGAGGACUACUUGUACCAGAGACGGCAAUGUAAACGCAAGUGGCUCUUCUGGAACCUUCCUUCUUCCCCAAACUCGAACUCUCCCUCUUCUGGUUCAUCUGCGGUCAUCUGAGCAAAGUGGUAAGGCCAAGUCCACUCUGGAGAUCAGUGUGGGUGCGAGUUGUAAAAGAUACAAUAGAAGAAGUACACCCCAACUAUUCAGGCACACAGUUUCUCCUCUUGUUUGUUUGCCUCUGCAGUCAAACGGCACUCCUCCAGGUUUGCAAGGUCAGCUCAAUCUGGCAGUGAAAGUAAUACGUUUUGUUCCUUAGAUUUUUAGGCUGGUGUACAUGAGACUCAAACCUCAGUGAUAUGAACCUCACUAACAAAUGGCACAGUGUAACUGGCGCAAAUAACAACUCAUAUUGAUUGUUAUAUAUUCCACCAUCUGAGUUAAGUUUUUAAAAUAGGACUCUGCUGGCACAGAACUUUCCACCUAUGAUCAUAAUUCUCAUCAUUUAACCUGAACUGAUAACCAAGUGCUGCUUAUCAGCUGCAACCAGCAAAUCAACACAGAACUCAAGUCUCAGAGAUAUAACACUUUGCCCUUAAGUGUUUGUACAAUCUACCAAACUAUGUGUACAGUAUGAGCUCAUCAACAGGAUGUAACAAUGGUAUAGCCUGCCAGGAAUCAAUUGUUGAAGUCAUUUACACUAACCAUGCUGAUUAUGAUUGCGUCUCCAAAAAUGAAACUACUGGCAAGUUCAGCUCCUGUUUAUUUUUGUACAGUCAUUCUGUUUUUGAACGUCUGUGUACAGCUUGCACGGCUAAGAGUGAUGUGAGUCAGGAUACACUCCGCAUUUACAUAUUGUGAUCUUGUGAUUUGUGGCCUCUUGUCACAAAAGGGCUUUAGCUUACAUGAAUGCAUUCAGUGUCCCGAGACACAAGAGAUCCCAAGUCAAGGAAAAUAUCUGUGUUUUCUGUAAAAUGCCAGCAAAAACAGAUCACUAUUAUUGCUUAUGUUUUGCUUAAUGAGGCACACAUCCGGAGUCCUUCAAUUUGACUUUGAGUGGUUUUAUCAGCUUGAUCACUGUCACCCUGGAAAGCAACACAUAAUCACACAUCAGAUGUAUCCCAUUACCAAUAGCAACAUUUCUGGAGCUGAAAUGACCACAUGUACACUACCAUUCCUCUUGUGACCUGUCACUGGUGGUGAUUUGGCCUUUAGAGAUUUAUCUUAGUUGAUCAGAGGACACCCCCUGACUGUCUGCAGUUGGCUAUGUAAGACUUGUACAUGCAGGAGGCUUCCUCAUGCCUGGGUGAAGUCAUCCAUAUUCUUCUACACACCUCCAGCACUUUCUGGACUCUUCUCCACAGAGACACACAAGAACCUCCAGUAGCAGCAUCCUUGUGCACGGCACUAAAGACACUAUAGUGUCAUGACACGCUGCGGCAAAUUUUAAAGGAACUGGGGAGGAAACAAAAACGUACUUAAAAAUGUUUCAAAAGAGUUGUGAAGAGGUUUAGAUGAAAUCAUUUUUCUUGAUUUGUUUUGCACACCUCACAGUAUAUGUUCAAGAUUGUCAUCUGCUGUUGUUGUUGUUGUACUUGAUUGUAGGAUGGACUGCAGCAUUAUAUGGAUUUGUAAGCCUGGUGCUCAGUGAAGAUUGGUAGUAUUGUAAAUUGUACAAUAUAUCAGAUGAACUGCAAGUAACUUGCAUUACUCUAAUGUGCAGUUACCCAAUAUUGUGCACUGCAGGCAGUGAGCAGAAUAGUACAGUAUUACUGAGUAAUACAUAUACUGAACAUAGACUUGACUAAUCUGACUUGCAUUUAGUUACUGUGCAGCUACACACUGUUGUUGAAAAAACCUGAAUAUUCAUUGUGCUGGCCUCCAGUUACACCUAUUAUAUACUGUAGUAUACAUGCAAAUUACAGGCAGUUCAAAUGAACAGUUGAUUAAUAGUAAAAUAGGAUUACAGUUCAAAGUAAAGUAGACACAUUUAUAUAAAUGACAUUACAAAGAUUUAUGGUACAGCCAUAAAACAUCUCACUAUCAAAACAGUAAAAUAUGAUUGCUUUGCUUGCAUUUGCUUUUGCAGCAUAUGUUAAAGAGAUGCUUGCUUUAAUCCUGCAUAUGAUUGGUUAUUCUUUUCCAUACGGUUUUAUUACAGAUAUUUAGAGCCCAACAAAGAGCUAAAAACGAUUAAGUGGUAUGAAUCAGUUCAGUGACGAAACCAAUUUCUUGCUUGUAUUAACUUCUGACCUAAUAACCACACUGCAUGAACAGGGCUCGCCAAAAUAGAUGAAGUUUAUUCAUCGUCAUUUAAAGUGUAAGAUAUAGAUAAGUGGUGGUGCUGGUGCUCUAAGCAGUAGCUUUAAAUUAUUCUCAAUUACAUUAACCUUUGUCUAGUGCUAAUUAAACAUAGGAGCUGUCAUUUUGAAUAUCUUAUUUGUUCCAAACUUUUGGCAUACAUGGUCAGACAUUAGGGCCUCCAGGAGCAUUGUUCUCUUUGGUAACCUUCAGAGCAUGUUUCUGAAUGUUUUCAUUUAUCGGACUAUCUGACUAAUAAGUAAUAAUGUCCAGCUGUGACUCCACAUAGUCUAUCAUAGUAAUAGUUUAACAGCAGGAGUGUCUAUAUUGUUAUAAUUUGCCUUGGUGGUGUGAUUGAUGAACAUAGACAUACAUUUCAUUCCUCAGUGCAUUGCAUUUCUCAAUGAAUCUUCUGCUGAUGUUUUACAUCAACAACACCUCAUGCCUUAAUGUACAGUGUAGUGUAUGGUAUCGAAUGUAAAGUAGUGUUACUGUGGUUACUAGUUUGUUUGCUAUAUGUUAAGUUACCAUGGUGCUCUCAAGGCUGUGCGUGUAUUUGUAAAUAUAUUCCAUAAUUUGGAUGUAAAGCAAUCGGCGUGCGUUUUGAGGAGUCCAAUGAGUGUGCUUUAGUUUGAACACUGUGUAGGGUUUAUGUCCUUAUAAAGCUGUAAAAGUGAAACUAAUUAAAGACUCUGACCAUCAAAGCCACAGUAGAGUAGACUAACUUAAUGACAAAUCAUCAAUUUGUGACAUUAACCAUCAAAUGAAUGCAGGGAUUUCAAAUUUGUUUCAUUCUUUUAAAGUUGCUUUUUGCUAAUUAGCUCCAAUUUUGGAGUCUGUAUAAUUACAAAAUGUUGAGACAGUGUGGCCAUAGGAAGUUAGAACUCAAAAUUGUAAAUAUAAAUUGUGUGAUGACUUGCAAUUCAAACUAGCAAUUGAUAUGAGCUACUGCAUAGUUUAACGUAGAUACUGUUUUUUGUACUAUGCAUACUGAAAUGUCUGACUUUGAAACUACAAACUUGCACUGCUUUGUAGCACCAGGUUCUAUUCAAAUUGCAUUAGAGGGUUAUAUCAACAUCAUUAGAUAAGUAGACAACAUCAGGUAAAAAAAAAUAAAAAAUAAAUAAAUAAAAGAUUAGAUCAUAAAUUACAAAGAAGUUGUCACUGGGGCCCUUUUCCAUAUGUUUGGGUGCUAAUAUCACCGCUGCAGAGAAGCACAAACCAAAGGGAGCUUUAGCAGCACCAGGAUAUAUAUGCUGCACAAUCACUACUGCAUAGUUUAAGAGGCCUUGUUCAGAAAUGGUUGAAAAUUAAAUUUAAAAAAAAGAAAAAAAACUUGAAUGUUUUCUCAGUGUUACAAGCCUAGAUGACAUUUUCCUUAGUCAUCAGGUAUUUUUGUUCUCAAGAGCUGUUUUUAUUGUUUAGGAGCUGUAAAUAUGAAAUUCUGUAGCAUGUGUUCUUGAAAAUGUGUAAAUAAUAUUUACUAAAUAAAAAAGGAGCAACAUGUGCAGU